AUGGAGGUGGAGGAUGACUUCGAUGUUUUGGAUCCAGAGAGAUUAAUACAAUGUCCAUAUAAUAAGCACCAUCAAAUCAGAGCCUGUAGGUUUCCAUAUCACCUUGUAAAGUGCAAGAAGAGCUACCCUCAUGUUGCAAAGGAAUUGGCCACGUGCCCCUUCAAUGCUCGCCAUCUUGUUCCUCAAGCUGACCUCAGUGAUCACAUAUCGAAAUGCAACGACAAAGGGUUCAUUGAGCAAGAUAUAGUGAACCAGUCUUCUGGCUUCCAGAGGGAGCAGGUGAAUGCUGUGAGCACUUGGCAGGCGCCUCCAUGUGAUGAAGACUGGGAAACUGAGUUCUUGGAGCAGCCAAAUUCCCCUUUUGUUUGGGGCAUGACCAACUCUGGCAUAAACAGUUCCAGUACCACCUUUGGACAAAAGAAUUACCUGCCUUCAAGUGUACGUGCGCCUGAGUCCUUCCCAUAUGCUGUAUCGUGGAAAGGCUCAUCUGAGUUUGUCCGCUUCAGAUAUGUGAAGUAG